CUAAGGCUUUGACAUUUCGGAUCUGCAGCGAGGAAGUUCAAGAGGGGAUUCCGGCGGUGCUGAUAGACUGUUGAACCAACUACUAACAGAGAUGCAUGGAAUGUCUGUUAAGAAAACAAUGUUCAUCAUUGGAGCAACAAACAGACCUGACAUUAUAGACCCUGCAUUGCUUCAGCCAAGACGUCUUGACCAAUUGAUAUAUAUUCCUUUACCGGAUGAGAGUUCACGUCUCCAGAUCUUCAAGGCGUGCUUGAGGAAGUCACCAAUCUCGAAGGACGUUGAUCUUUCGGCUCUUGCUCGUCAUACACAUGGAUUUAGUGGUGCAGACAUUACUGAGAUAUCAUCACGAGCUCUCGAUCUGGUAAAGACAGUUCCGGCUGGAAGCGGAAGCGAUCAGAUGAGUGGGUCGCGGUGGGGAGGUGGAGAGAGCCUGAUGGUGAGAAAGAGAGGUCUGUAUGUGUAAUU